AUGGGGCAGCGGCGGGGCACGGCCGUGCUGCUCCUCGCCCUGGGGCACCUGGCUGGGCUGCUGGCACCAGGCACCGCCUGCACCAACGUUUACCAAGGCUUCUCACGCUGCGUCCUCAAGCUGGGGGAGAACAUGGCCGUGUACGAGGAGAUGGAUGGUACUGAGCUGCAGGGGUUGCACCAAGUCUGUGGGUACUGGGAUGAAUUUCACACGUGUGCCCUGACGGUGCUUUGGGAGUGCCACAAGGAAGCAGCGGAUGUCUGGGAGAUGCUGAGAAGGGAGUCUCGAAAAAUCAAAUUUCAAGGCAGCUUGUUUGACCUCUGCAGCCCCAGCACGGCCCAAAGCUUUGCCUGGACCCACAUUCCCAACAUUUCCAUCCUCGGUGUCCCCUUUAUCAUCACUUGGCUGAACUUAUAAGCUGCAGCUCUGUACGUAUCGCAGCAAAGGUGGUGGCGGCAGCGUGUGUUGUGGCAUCUUUCUGAUCACAUUUCCAAACCUCUGAGGAACACACUGUGCAGUGCUCAGCGAACACUUGGGUCCAUCCUGCACCUAUGAGAUGUGGAAGAGCUCAGCAGCAUCUCCUGGGCUUUGCUAUUUAUCUGUAAUUUGGGAUAAUGGCUGUCCCUUUCUGCCUGAAGGCACAGAUGCAGAUCUGGCUGACUGCAGAAUUUGGGAAAUUGUAGAUCUGGGGCAGAGGAUUUUGGGGAAAAAUGAUUAAUUGGUUGUGAACGCUGGAUUCUUUUGGACUCUUCUAUGACUACUCCUCCUAAACCUGUUUACUUUGCUGGCUCUUACCACCAGACCAACUCUCCAGAUUUUUGAUUUGGGCACUGAAAACAAGAGGGGCAUUUUCACCACUGAUUCGUGAGGUGCAGGGGACAGUGUACAUCCUGUCAAAGGCGGAAAAAGUCCUUACCACCCUGAACUGGCUUUUUUCCUUUGAGGACAUGGUGAAACCCCUGCAGAAUAAUAAUCACAGGUGCAUGGCUUCUCU